UCAACAAGUUGAACAACUAAAUAACCAACUAACGGAAGCGGAACAACAAGCUGAGCAAAAGAGAUUGGAAAGUGAGAUUAAGAGUAAUUUAAUUAGAGAACAAAAUGAGAAAAUUAGUCAACAAACUAACCAGUUAACUAAUUAUCAAAAUCUUUUACGAACUGCGGAAGAGAAUUUGAAGAAGGGACAAGAGAUUAUUCAGCAAAAAGAACAGCAAUUGGAGAGAUUGGAGGAAGAAAAAGAAAGCAUCCAGCAAGAAUUAGCAAAAACAGAGGAUAAAAUAAAGGAAUUGGAACAGUCUUUAUUGGCGGCUAAUUCUAAAAUAGGGCAGUUGGAAGCGAGGAUUAAGGAUUUAGAAAAGCAGAGUGAUAAUUCAGAAGAAUUGGAAAGGUUGAAAAAAGAACUUGCCACUGAAAAGCAAAAAGGUCAGCAAGAGCGAAGUAAAUCCCAAAGUGAGAUAAAGAGAUUGCAAGGGGAAUUAGCCACUACUAAAAAAAGGGAGGAGGAAUUAGCAGAGAAGAUUAAGGAAUUAGGGGCUAGAAAA